GAAUUACUCAGCGGGAUAUCAACGGCCAUUAAAGUAAAAUAAUUUUUGCCUUCUCCAUACCUAGGUAUAUUUAUUCUGUCACGUUUGCUACAUCUGUCUUUUGUUUCUGCUGGCACAUAUAACCCCGUUCGUUAGUUUUGUGAAUAGCUAGGGUCUACAAAUUUGGUGCGACGCCUUCACGACCGGCACAGUGUCGUUGCUCUGGUGCCGCCACCAUGAGCGCAAUUCUGUCUGCAGAUGACUUGAAUGACUUCAUUUCUCCAGGGGUUGCUUGCAUAAAGCCCAUCGAAACACUACCCCACAAAGAGGUUAAAAACUCAGAGAAUGCAUAUGAAGUUACAACAGAAGACAAGAUCGAACCGGAAAACCCCCCCCCAGCUCAAAUCUCCCUGACUGAUUGUCUGGCAUGUUCGGGUUGCGUCACCUCUGCUGAAGCAGUUUUGGUAUCGUUACAGUCGCAUGCUGAAGUGCUUAACACCUUGGACUCGUGCCCCGAAUUACGAAUUGAUGAGCGGAACGGACACGGUGUCGCUCAAACAUUACGCGAUGACGCCGGUUUCUCUGCUGCAGGCCAGCAGAGCAUAGCAGAAGGCGAUAAGAAGAUAUUUAUUGCAAGUGUCAGUCCACAGGUCAGAGCAAGCUUGGCCGCAACAUAUGGAAUAUCUGAACGCAAGGCCGGAUGGUUGAUCGAGCAAUUCCUCGGUGGCCCCCAAGGGUUAAGGGCUGGUGGCGCUCACGGGAAUGGUUUUGCCUGGGUGGUUGAUACAAACGUUAUGCGGCAGGUCUUCUUGGAGCUCAGCGUGAAUGAAGUUAUGGAGUCUUUGGAGGACUCAGGAAGUCCUAGCCUCGAAGGGUUUCCAAUCCCAAAGCGCCCAGUCUUAUCAUCCGCCUGUCCGGGAUGGAUAUGUUACGCCGAAAAGACUCACCCUCACGUCUUACCUCACAUAUCCCGUCUAAAAUCUCCACAAGCUCUUACAGGCACUUUGUUGAAGACCGUGCUGAGCAAGGCAUUGAACAUCUCACCGGCCCAGAUUUGGCACUUGGCCAUCAUGCCUUGUUUCGAUAAAAAGCUGGAGGCUAGCCGGCAAGAAUUAACAGAUGCUUCCUGGCAAUCAUCUUCAUCUACCACACAUUCUCCCGUCCGCGAUGUUGACUGCGUCAUUACAUCCCGCGAAGUUCUCAUGCUAGCGACGUCGCGGAAUAUCUCGCUCCAAAACCUCCCAUUGCAACCAUUACCUUCGUCAUAUACCCCUCUAUUCCCUGAUCCCUACCUUGCAUCUUUCUUAUUUCCUAAAUCCGGCCCGUCCACCCAGCCGUCCACAGCUGGCACGUCGGGGGGAUACCUCUUCCACAUCCUCACAGCUUACCAACAUCGAAACCCGGGAAGCCAAAUCCAAACGCAGCGUGGUCGAAAUUCUGACGUGAUUGAAUAUUCCCUAACAUCUCCCUCAGGCGAUACCAUUAUAAAAGCUGCUCGCUACUACGGUUUCCGUAAUAUCCAAAACCUCGUCCGGAAACUAAAACCCCCCCGCGCAUCUAGGCUCCCUGGCGCCAAGCCUAUGAUAGGUCGCAGGGCAGGCAGUGGGCGAGCAACUGCAGCCAACAACACAUCAGCCACAGAUUAUGCUUAUGUCGAAGUAAUGGCGUGUCCCGGUGGAUGCACGAAUGGCGGUGGGCAAAUACGCGUCGAGGACGUACGAGACAUUAAUACCCCGAAGCAAGACACGAUCAAUCCACUACAGCAGGAUGAGCAGCCACAGCCACAAUCUACCCAAAAAUCAACGCCACAGGAACAGCGAGCUUGGCUAGCGCGAGUCGACGAAGCAUACUUCUCAGCCGAUUCCGAUUCGGAUUCCAACUCCAACACCCACCCUAUCGCGCGCGACAGAGGUCACCGUCCAUUUGACGAUCUGUUGUCCCACUGGUCCCGCAGCACCAAUAUCCCACUCGAAAAACUUGUGUAUACCACUUUCCGAAAGGUAGAGAGCGACGUGGGCAAGGAAAAGGGUAAGGAUCCAGGGGGGAUGGGCGAUAUGGCUCGUGUAGCGGAACUUGCCGGGAAGGCCGGUGGUGGUUGGUAGGCAGUGUAUAUAUCCGUCCCUCUUCGCGUGUGCUCUCACUCUCACUCUCUCACUCUCACCUCCUCUCUCUCUCACGCACACGCACACACACACACACACACACACAUACCUGCGCACAAAAAUUAUAAAAGAACGAGUGUGCUGUGACCCAACAGCCGAACCUCUCUUCUCUCUUCUCCGUUUUAUAUAGUGGAGUUUUUACCUUUUGGUUUCUAUGUCUUGCAUACAUUUUAGCCACGCCCGGCCUCCAUAUGUAUUUGUACUCUUCCUUACUACUUUAUAGACGGGAACGGUUGGAUAAAUAUAUAUAAUAUUGAAAAAUUUUCUUUCAUGAUCCUAAUUAUAUCUAAUUAAUCUGGUUAGCGUCACAUGAUGAAUGAUUUACUGAACCUUGAAAGAGAAGGGGGAGUAGAUUACCCUGCAGCCGGUUAUUGCCUUAUUAUUGGCGGUUUGGAUUGCCAACGUGAAUCUGAUGCGAUUAGGCAGAUGAAACUUGGAAUACCCGGCGUAGAGGAGGGGUGGGAACGCGGAGCUAGAACUUGAGAGAAUCUUUCGCUACACUACUUGGCAACUAGUUGUGACGAAAACUAGAAACCCAGCAUUGAGAUUAGCAGUUAUGGUGCACCGAAUGAAGAUUCAAAUUGGUACUUCUAACGCGACAGAUUGAACGACUGUAAACUGCAACAUGUGGAUAUUAUGAGUGAAAGUCACGACAAUGUUGCGGUGGCUAAUAAUAGUCAAACCAACAUAUCAUGCUAAAGGAAAGGGAGUGAAAAGUUUUAACUCCUGGGUGAGGAAUUCCGUGCUGCGCAACAUCAAUAUCACACAAUACACCACUUGAAAUGUAGCCCCAGUCCGAGAAACCACUGUGAUAACGGAAAACAGAAAAUCGAAGAGCAAACAGCGGACAAAAUAAAACUUUAGGAGAGCUCAAGAGAUGCUCUAAAUUCUCUGCCUAGUCUUGGGCUUGCAUUUCGCAGCCGCCACAUUGGUGAAUUUCGGAAGAAAUUACUUCACCAGUAGGAAAAUCAGGGUUCCGAGGUUGAACUUGAAAAAGGGGGAAAGCGCAAAUUGAUGUCCUAAGUGGUAGCUGUACAGAAGGAUGGGUAUCUCUCAUUCCCACUUUAGCAUAGGUAUCUUGUCCGCACUGACAAGGCGAUGGGCAUGAACAAUGAGGUCGGCAAGCACAAUUUUGUGGGUUAGACAAAAGUGAUUUGAUUGAUAUCCCAAGUGGUGGUUGUGCAGAAGAGGCGGCAUUUCUCAGGGUCAUUUUACCAUCUGCAACAUACUCACAUGCACAAGGCUGUGGGCAUGAACAUGGAGAUGGACAAGCACAACUCUGUGGGCUAGCCGUAGCGGGUACCACAGCAGAUUUCUGCCCGCACUCAUAACUUUGCUGGUACCCUGGUGUAGCUUCGGUGGGGUGUGAACCUCCUCCGCCUGGCGAAAGUAAAGGGGCCUUAAACGGCUGGUGGGCUACACAGAUAUGGUAAACCGAGUCGGAUUGUGCUGCCAAAUGAUCAACUUUAACUCGUUUUGGGUGGCAUUCCCGGCAGUGAGAAUAGACCUGGAGCUCUUC